CGGGUGCAACAGUAACAGAACCCUGACGGGAGACUGUGGGAGUAUACAGUCCAUGGGCUUCCCCCUCACUCCGUACGAUAACUCCGCUAUGUGCGAGUGGAACAUUCAAGUCCGUCCGGAGCGGGUCAUCAUGUUGACAUUCACUCAGUUCGAUCUGGAGUAUUCAGGAUCGUCGUGCGUUUACGACAGCGUGACGAUUUACGACGGUGCAGACGACAAGGCCCCGCUGCUCGGCCGGUUUUGCGGCAGUAAUGUCCCACAAUCCAUCACGUCGUCCACCAACCAGCUCUUCAUCCGGUUUAAAACCGACAACGCUUUUCCAGGGGACGGCUUCUAUGCCUUCUACAACAGUUCAGAGAGACCAUCCAAAGGUUCUGGGGCUAACCCGCAGCCGGUCCCGAAAGUCCUGACUGAUCCUACGGGCAUCAUUAACACUGACGACCUGACGUCAUCAGGCCGCAGACGGGAUCCCAUCCUGUCUCUCUGGUCCAUCCGCUCCAAGAUCGGAACCCAGCUGACUCUCAACUGGGAGGCGAGAUUCAACGCGAUUCGGAGUGACGGGAACGGAUACUUCAAGGUCUACGAUGGACCCUCUGACACCUCUGCAUCCGUCCAGGAACUCUUCUUCGAUAGAGGCACGAAAGGCCAAUCCACCAGCGGCACCAUACUGUCCACCGGCCACCAUCUUUAUAUUGCGUACUACGUCAGCAGCCCCAGAACUGCUAACGUCACAGUAAUCGCCAGUUACGCUGCAACAGAUAUGACUCCUAAGAUAUCUGGCUGCUAUUCGCCGCAGGAUUUCUCCGUGCGUCGGCUGAGAGGCCAGUUCUCCGCGCGGAAUGAUACCGACCAGCUCACCAGUUUCUUCUGCACAGCACUGCUCAUGACACGAGGGACAAAACAUUACCUCUUCAAAGUCAAAGAGAUGACCCUACAAGGUGACCCCUCCAACAACUGCGUUUUGGAGGGCUUCGCAUUUUACGACGGAAACAACACCAACGCCCCUAUGUACGGGCCGUUUUGCGGCAGCGAGCCGUCCAAUAAGCCCUUGCCUUUUGUCUCAUCUGGGGACAUGUUGGUUGUGGCAUAUUCCUACCUCGGUAGUGGACAAGUUGUGGCAGACUACAGACAAACUGAUUGUAAAGACCUGUCCUCCUACCUUGAUGCCAACACGACGUCGGUUGUCACGGAGUCAUGUGGCAGUUUUCGUCAACCUCCCCUCUUAACCGACACCAACUUCAAAUAUCGUCUGGACAUACAGGUGGCGGAACAAAACUACAUACAGAUGAAGAUUGUCAGGUUUGCGGACUACCAGGAUGUGUUCUAUGUGUGUGAAACUCUGCAGAAGCGAUGCGAGGAAAACUUUGAGAUCUACGAGCCAAACGGGGAAAACAAAUGGCGGAUAUACUCCUACUGCCCUUAUUACGAACAGGCCAAGACAGAAGUGGUGACGUCAUCAGGAAACAAAGUCUAUGUCGUCUACUCAACCAACUGUCGAUGGGCAAGGAGCGGAUUCUUUUUCUCUUACGAAGUGAAAAGCUGUGACGGGAUGUUUCCGUGCGAUAAUGGCCACUGUAUCGACUACGCCUGGCUGUGCGAUGGAGACAAUGAUUGUAAGGACAACAGCGACGAACGAGACUGUGAAGGCUGUGGAGAGGGGCAGUUUCGCUGCAAGAACGGCAUGUGUGUGUCUGUGUCCCGGCGAUGUGACAAGUUUGAUCACUGCGGAGAUGGCUCGGAUGAAGAGGACUGUGGAGACUGUACCGUGGACAGCUAUCUUUGUGGGAACGGUUGGUGUAUACAGAAGGACCGCGUAUGUAAUGGCAUCAACGACUGUGGAGACAAUAGUGACGAGAUGAAAUGCGUCGGAUGUGGUACGGACCCGUUCCUCUGUGAUAAUGGGGACUGUGCCUACAAGGCCUGGCUUUGUGACGGGGACAACGACUGUGGCGACAACAGUGACGAAAUGAACUGUUGGGGCUGCGGAGUGGAAAGGUUCACCUGUGACAACGGCUUCUGUAUCGAGAGGGACCGUGUGUGUGACGGCAACAACGACUGUGGCGAUGAUAGCGACGAAAUGGACUGUGAAGAGGAGUUGCAGACGUUUGGGUGUAAGAAUGCUUUUGUGUGCACCAAUGGAGAGUGUAUCUCCAAACCGUGGGUUUGUGACGGAGAGGACGACUGUGGGGACUACAGUGACGAACGGGACUGUGGAGAUCCCAUCCGGCCUGUUCGGCUGAUAGGCGGGCGCAGUCCCCACGAAGGUCGCGUGGAGGUGUUUUACAACGGCCAGUGGGGGACGAUCUGUGACAACAUGUGGGACGACAUGGACGCCAAGGCUGUGUGCGCUCAACUGGGAGUAGAAGGCGUGUCUAAGGCCCGCCGUGCAGCGUUCUUCGGUAAAGGCGAUGGGCCCAUUCUGUCCUACAAUACCCAGUGUGUGGGCAACGAGACGGCGCUUGCUGAGUGCGACAGAUCCCCCUGGUUCGUGCACGAGUGCGACCACAGCAAAGAUGCCGGCGUCAUUUGUGACUACUCUCCUUCAACUUUGCCCUUCGCAGACGACAUUAUUGGUCCUUGCCAAGAUGGCUUCCAGUACUUCAACGGUUCCUGCUUCAGAUACGUGGUGAAUGGCGUCAACCUGUCCUGGUGGGAUGCGCAGAGAGCAUGCCGGGACAUGGGGUCCGAUCUUGCCAGUAUACGAUCUGUGAAGGAAAUGCAAUUCGUCAAAUUCAUGUUAAAUCAAGAGUGGGAGGAUCAAGUCGUGAUGAAGAAUGUGUACAUCGGCCUGUCCGACUUGGAUACCUUCGGGAAGUACACCUGGGUGGAUGGAAGUCCAUUAAGUUACACGGACUGGAAACCGCUUUUCGAGCCGGAGGGUAAGCUGAACGAGCGCUGCGUCAUGAUGGGAAUAGAGUCGGCCCACAGGACCAGCGACUGGGAGAACGUCCCGUGUAAUGAGUACUGGGCUGACAGGUUUCUUUGCCGUACGAGUUCUCCGGGCGUCCGUAGGGAGACGUGUUCGCCGGCCUGGUAUCUGAUCCGGUCAACCUGUUAUAAGCUGAUAUCGUCCCCCGACGACCGCGGGCUGGACUUCGAAGUGGCGCAGAACAUGUGCCGGAGCGACGGCGGGGACGUGGCGGUGGUCGACACCAGUGAUUUGCUUGAGACCAUCAAGUUCUACCUGAAGUAUCUGUGGGGUCUGGAGAAGAACCAGAGCGUGGGAGUCAAGGCGUCGGCGGUGAGUCACGACUCGUGUCAGCUCAUCGUGCGCACGAUGGUGGACGACUCGGCGGGGAUGGGCGCGCCUGAGUGGGACAUCAACAGCCGGGACUGCUUCCUCGUGUCUCCCACAAGAUACAUGUGUUCCACCAAACCCACAGCGAUGGCCAACAGGUGUCGACCAGACGAUUUCAUCUGCGGGAACGGGGCGUGCAUCCUGUCAGACUUCGUCUGCGAUGGCGACAACGACUGCGGAGACAACAGCGACGAGAAGCAGUGUGGUGAGUUUGGGCGCGGUCGUGCGAUCGUACGAAGGCAUUAUUAG